GAAGGAAGGAACUGCACAGUUGAGAUACCUGAAGAAAGAUUUAACACCAAACACUGGUACGACUCAGAUUAUAGCAAGCCAGGCAAAAUAUGCACCAGUCGAGCAGCUAUAGUAAAGGGAAUUCAUAUGUUUGACAAUAAACUGUUUGGAAUUCAUAAUUCGGAGUCUGAUCACAUGGAUCCACAGCACAAAUUACUGCUGCAGUGUACAUACAGGGCUCUGGAAGAUGCUGGUUAUGCCAUGGAGAGCAUCAGUGGAAGCAAUACUGGAGUCUUCAUAGGUAAGCAAAAUUAA